GCACAUUUGUAGGCACCUCUCUGUACAAGCCUUCGUAACUACUGCCAUAUUGCCACCGAAGACUUUUCCUCUUACUUUAUUUUUCUCUCUCCGGGACGUUUCUCUGAAAAAAAGUGCACAACAUGAUUCACAGCUUGUUCCUGAUUAACGGCAUUGGUGACAUAUUCCUGGAAAAACACUGGAAGAGUGUGAUAAGCCGCUCUGUCUGCGAUUACUUUUUUGAAGCUAGGGAGAAAGCGGGGGACCCUGAGAACGUGCCUCCUGUGCUCUGCACGCCUCAUCACUACCUCAUUAAUAUCUACCGUGAGAAGAUCUUUUUUGUUUCCGUCAUCCAGGCAGAAGUACCCCCCCUCUUUGUUAUUGAAUUUCUUCAUCGUGUUGCUGAGACAUUUCAGGAUUAUUUUGGGGAAUGCUCAGAAGCUACUAUUAAGGACAAUGUUGUCAUCGUGUAUGAGCUCCUUGAAGAAAUGCUGGAUAAUGGAUUUCCUUUGGCCACAGAGUCCAACAUUCUGAAAGAACUUAUUAAACCUCCUACCAUUUUGCGCUCUAUGGUCAACAGCAUCACGGGCAGCAGUAAUGUUGGUGAGACUCUCCCUACUGGACAACUGUCCACUAUCCCCUGGAGGAGGGCAGCUGUUAAAUACACUAAUAACGAGGCCUAUUUUGAUGUGGUGGAAGAAGUUGACGCCAUCCUGGAUAAAUCCGGCACGACAGUGUUUGCGGAAAUCCAGGGAGUGAUUGAUGCUUGUGUGAAACUCUCAGGAAUGCCUGAUCUUACACUUUCAUUCAUGAACCCCAGACUCCUGGAUGACGUGAGCUUCCAUCCAUGUGUCCGCUUCAAGAGAUGGGAGUCUGAGAGAGUUCUUUCCUUCAUCCCCCCCGACGGAAACUUCAGACUUAUGUCUUAUCACGUGACCGCACAAAAUUUGGUAGCAAUCCCUGUAUACGUGAAGCAGAAUAUCAGUUUCUUUGAAACCGGAUCCUCUGGGAGGUUGGACAUCACAGUGGGUCCUAAGCAGACCAUGGGGAAGACCGUCGAGUGUGUGGGAGUCACAAUACACAUGCCGAAAGUGGUCCUCAGUGCCAAUCUCACAGCAACUCAGGGCACGUACACCUACGACCCAGUCACCAAGAUUUUGGCCUGGGACAUCGGCAAACUGAACCAGCAAAAGCUGCCAAAUUUAAAAGGAAGUCUGAGCUUGCAGUUAGGUUCUCCGAAACCAGAGGAAAACCCAAGCCUGAACAUUCAUUUCAAGAUUCAACAGUUAGCUAUCUCAGGUCUGAAAGUGAAUCGACUGGACAUGUAUGGAGAGAAAUACAAACCAUUUAAAGGUGUUAAAUAUUUAACCAAAGCUGGAAAGUUUCAGGUCAGAACUUAACAUAAAAAAAGUGUAACAAAACAUCAUAAACGAUGAAGGCAGCAACGUGCUCUUUUAGGUGCCAAAUCAUAUUUUAUUGACUGAAUUACUUACUCCAGAAUUACUCCAUAUUGCCAAUGUCAUGCUUCGGUGGUGGUGGUGGCGGUGGUGGCGGUGGUGGUGGUGGCGGCGGCGAGCAGUUAAAGAGUCUAAAAGAGUCUAACAUGGAUUUCUAUAUUUUGACAAAGAACUUUCCUUUUUCAGUGUUGUGCUUAAUAUGAAUAGCUCUAUAGGCUGGACUAGUUUACAUGUUCAUACCAGAAUUAGGGUUUUUUUUGUCCUCUGUUUGUUUCAGUCUGUUAUCAGUGUUUUCACUUUUCUGUCAUAGGAUAUUUCACUUAAUCAUACUGUCCUAAACCUGCUUUAGAAAUGGUGGAUAUAUAUUUCCAUUUUUCAUCUCAGCACAUUACAAACAUUUGCUAAGCGGUUAAGAAACCUUUCCGUAACCCUGCCUUUAGUACAAUGCACAAACUGUAAGUGGCCUUUUAGGGGGGGCAAAUAAAUAAAUAAAUAAAUAAACAAACACUUGAAGAGUCCUUGCUUAAAAUCACAGCCAUAAGCUGAUUUUAUGUGCAUAGUAGUUUUAAGGAACUACAAUAAAUAUUCUGCUACAAAUACCAAUCGCUCUACGUCACUUUGAGGUGCCAUGUUAGUAAUUAUCCAGCUUGCAAAUGUGGCAGAUAUGUGAGUCACUCAGAGUUUUGCACAUUCUGAUGGGACACACUUUUUGUAAGGUUUAGAAAUAAAUAAGUUAAUUGCCUUUGAAAAUAUGUAUAUAAACCUGAUGCCUUGACAUUUAUAAACAUUUUGGGAAAUUA